UUAAUAUUUAGAGUGAAUGAGGAGCGUGUUGAAGGCAGAGCUCAGCUUCAAGCAGCAAAGUGUUGUCAUCCAGUUUGUUCUUCGUCGUCAUCUUCAUCAUCUUCAUCACCCGGCGACCCAAGUCCUCAUCUUCAUCACCGAGUCUUCAUCCUCACCAUCCUCGUCCUCAAUGUCGGUUCUUCCGCUGCGAGUCCGAGUGUUGCGGCGCGUGUGGCGUCUGAAGAGGUUCUUGGUGGUGGUGGUGAGCCCCUUCCUCCUGCUGCCCCUCGCCCUCAGCACCUCGGAGGCGGCGUGUGCCUACGUCAUCUCGCUGAUGGCCUUGUUCUGGUGCACCGAGGUUCUUCCCCUGGCCGUCACCGCCCUGCUGCCCGUCAUCCUCUUCCCUCUGCUGGGCAUCAUGGAGUCCAAAGACGUGUGCAUGCAGUACCUGCGGGACACCAACAUGCUGUUUGUGGGCGGGCUGAUGGUGGCCGUGGCCGUGGAACACUGGAACCUCCACAAGAGGAUCGCGCUGAAGGUUCUGCUGGUGGUGGGCGUGCGUCCCGCCAUGCUGAUGCUGGGCUUCAUGGGCGUGACGGCCUUCCUGUCCAUGUGGAUCAGCAACACGGCCACCACGGCCAUGAUGGUGCCCAUCGUGCAGGCCGUGCUGGAGCAGCUCCACCGCCGGCAGGACCCCGGGGAGCAGAGCAGCGUGCAGGUCUUCCACGUGGGUGUGCCGCUACCUGGACAAACGGGAAACGGCGCGCAAAGUGAAGUGGGCGGAGCCGCGGAAACGGUCUACCAGGAAGCUAACGGCCAAGUGGGCGGAGUCGCGGAGACGGUCUACCAGAAAGGGAACGGCCAAGUGGGCGGAGUCGCGGAGGCGGUCUACCAGGAAGUGAACGGCCAAGUGGGCGGAGUCGCGGAGGCGGUCUACCAGGAAGUGAAUGGCCAAGUGGGCGGAGUCGCGGAGGCGGUCUACCAGGAAGUGAACGGCCAAGAGGCGCUCAAACCGCCGCCGCAAGACAAACCUCCAUCCCGAGCAGGCGUGGUGUGUCCAAUGGAGGAGGAGGAGGCGGCGAGCUUCGGCGAGGAGAGGAAGAGGCAGAGCAAAGGCCUCCUGCUGUGCGUGAGCUACGCGGCGAGCAUCGGCGGCAUCGCCACUCUGACAGGAACCGGACCCAACCUGGUUCUGGUGGGCCAGAUGAGCCAACUCUUCCCGCAGAACGGCGACGUGAUCAACUUUGCGUCGUGGUUCGCCUUCGCCUUCCCCGCCAUGGUUCUGAUGCUGGCGCUGGCCUGGUUCUGGCUGCAGUUUGUCUUCAUCGGCUGCAACCUGCGGCGAACAUGGGGGUGCGGCGCGGGACCGACGGCGGAGGAGCGGGCGGCGUACGAGGUGAUCGAAGACGAGCACCGCCGUCUGGGCCGCAUGAGCUACGGGGAGGUCAACAUCCUUCUGCUCUUCGUCCUCAUGGUGGCGCUGUGGUUCACGCGGGACCCUCGCUUCAUGGACGGCUGGGCCACGCGCCUCUUCAAUGCCAAGGGCGAGUUCGUGACGGACGCCACCGUCUCUCUCCUGGUGGCGCUCAUGUUGUUCGUUCUACCCUCUGAGCCACCGCGCUACCUGUGCUGCUGGGGGCGGAGCUCCGACGCAGGCCCCGCCCCUCCCCUGCUCACCUGGCAGGUGACCCAGAAGAAGAUGCCGUGGAACAUCGUGCUGCUGCUGGGCGGCGGCUUCGCGCUGGCCAAAGGAAGCGAGGAGUCGGGACUCUCGCGCUGGCUGGGGGAACAGAUGGCGCCGCUUCACUCCAUCCCGCCGUGGGCCGUGGUCGUGGUGCUCUGCCUCCUCAUCGCCACCUUCACGGAAUGUGCCAGCAACGUCGCCACGGCGACGCUCUUCCUGCCCAUUGUGGCGUCCAUGUCCCAGUCCAUCGGGCUGAACCCGCUCUACGUCAUGAUCCCCUGCACCCUCAGCGCCUCCUUCGCCUUCAUGCUGCCCGUCGCCACCCCGCCCAACGCCAUCGUCUUCUCUGCGGGCCACCUCAGGGUCUCCGACAUGGUGAAAACAGGCGUGGUGAUGAACGUGAUCGGCAUCCUGUGCAUCAGCUUGGCCAUCAACAGUUGGGGUCGACUCUUGUUCUCCCUGGACUCCUUCCCUUUCUGGGCAAAUGUCACCACAUCCGUUUAGCUGCGUCGACAUUUUAUUUUGAAGAGUUCUACACUUCCGGUCAAACCUGUGCAGUGGGCGGAGUCUGCACGUGACAAGCUGCUACAAAAAAAAAAAGUUCAUGUCUUACUUUUUACUGCUCAUCAUGGUCACUUUUGGGGACGUAACCAAUAACAUCCGAGCAAAUGUAUUUAUUUAGACUUGUAUUUUGACUACUAACUAUUGCAAAAAUAGUGACGUAAGAUUGUUUUUUGAAGACGUUUAGCAGACUGACCUCACUUUAAUUAGCUUUACACAAAUAUUGGUCAAUCGUACGUGUUUUAAUUCAUACGAAAACCAGCUAGUAUUGCGUUUAUUUAUGCAUUCUUAUAGUGUCUAAUGAAGUGGCAAACAUAAACAAUAACAUGGAACAUAUGUAAUAUAGAGCUGUGGUUCUCAACUUUUUUUCAGUGAUGUACUCUCUGUGAAUAUUUUUUAAAUUCAAGUAUCACAGCAAAGCAUUUUUGGUUGAAAAAAAAGAGAUAAAGAAGUAAAAUACAGCACUAUGUCAUCACUUUCUGAUUUAUUAAAUUGUAUAACAGUGCAUAAUAUUGCUCAUUUCUAGUGGUCUUUCUUGAACUAUUUGGGAAAAAAAGAUAUAAAAAAAACCUAAAAACUUGUUAAAAAUAAACACGUGAUUUAACUAUAAAUAAAGAUUUCUACACAUAGAAGUAAUCAUCAACUUAAAGCACCCUCUUUGGGGAUUGCAAUAGAGAUUGUUGCGUUUGGACCAGAUGUUCCUCCGAGGGAAUUUAAGUUGCUGGUCAAUCCCAAGUUGUUUUGAUGACACAUAAACUGGUUUUAAAUGAUAAGCCAGAACAGAAUUGGUAUUUUGCAAUUUAUUCCAAAGCUUUGGAGGGACCAACCUAAAAAACAACACAUUCAAUUCGCAUUGCCCAGUUGAUCUGAAAAACCCUACGGAAGCGCUGUCUUUUUCCAUAUCUCCCCCGCCCACACACCUCCCGGAACGAAUCCACAUAUCUGUUCUUCUGCUAAGCCUGGGACAGGAUUCAUGAAGUUAAUUCUAAACAUUUCUUCACCAAAAAAAUAAAUCUUUAACAUCAAUAUUUAUGGAACAUGUCCACAAAAAAUCUAUCUGUCAACACUGAAUAUUGCAUUGUUGCAUUUUUUUUCACAGUUUAUGAACUUACAUUCAUAUUUUGUUGAAGUAUUAUUCAAUAAAUAUAUUUAUAAAGGAAUUUUGAAUUGUUGCUAUUUUUUAAAUAUUUUCUAAAAAUCUCACGUACCCCUUGGCAUACCUUCAAGUACCCCCAAGGGUACGUGUACCACUAUUUGAGAACCACUGAUAUAUAGAACAAUAAAUACAAUGUUUUUAAGUCAUAUGUUUGUUGCAUAAUGUCUCCCUCAAGCGGUCAUUUGAUGAACCACAGCUGCCGUAAAGUGUCCAAAAAAGUCCAAAAAUGUCAUUUCCGGCAGACAUGGCUGUGUCGUGUUGCGGCUAAUCGCGAAACAACAACACAUUUUUCUUCGUAUUUUCACAGUUUGAUUCCAAGGUGUACAUUUAAUCUGCUUUUAUAUGUAUUUCUAUUCAUGAAACGCCUUGUUAGUGACUUUUGUAGCAGACCGACCUCACUUUAAUAAGCUUUACAUAAAUAUGUGUCACUCGAUCGCGUUUAAUCUAUACAAUAUCAGCUAGUAUUGAGUUUAUUUGUGCAUUCUUAUCGUGUCUAAUGAAGUGGCAAACAUGAAAAAUAACAUGUUACAUCUGUAAUAUGGAUA